AAAUGAUCUGGUGAGCGAAUUUCGGCUAAAAUAUAGUCUGCCGUGGAUCGUCGGACCGUUCAGUCUUUUCCCGUUCGAACAGUGUUCUCCGAUCUGUGAGGUUGCUCGCACACCUAUUUUUUAAUUCCUUUAAGUUAAUAAAUCCAAAAGCACAAAUUCAAAAUGGCUGAUGAUGAGGCAAAGAAGGCUAAACAGGCCGAGAUUGAGCGCAAGCGUGCUGAGGUGCGCAAGCGUAUGGAGGAAGCCUCCAAGGCUAAGAAGGCCAAGAAAGGUUUCAUGACCCCAGAAAGGAAGAAGAAGCUUAGGUUGUUGCUCCGUAAGAAAGCCGCUGAAGAGCUGAAGAAAGAACAAGAACGCAAAGCCGCUGAGCGUAGACGCAUCAUUGAAGAACGUUGCGGUAGCCCCAGAAAUCUCAGCGACGCCAGUGAAGACACACUUAAGAGUUUAAUCAAGCAACACUAUGAAAGGAUUUGUAAAUUGGAGGACCAGAAAUAUGACCUUGAGUAUGUUGUUAAGCGCAAGGAUGUUGAGAUUAACGAUCUCAAUGCCCAAGUUAACGAUCUGCGUGGCAAGUUCGUGAAACCAGCCUUGAAGAAGGUGUCCAAGUAUGAAAACAAAUUCGCCAAGCUCCAGAAGAAGGCCGCUGAGUUCAACUUCCGUAACCAACUUAAGGUUGUAAAGAAGAAGGAAUUCACAUUGGAAGAGGAAGAGAAGGAGAAAAAACCCGACUGGUCCAAGGGCAAACCCGGUGAUGCUAAGGAACACGCCCCCGAAACACCAGCAUAAAUGGGCGUCAACUAAUAUUGCAUCAUCGCCUCGGAUAGUGUUUUUGGCAUUGCGUCUGUUAGAAAAACACCAACUACGAGCAAUACAUAUUUAUAUUUAAAGCUAAAUGUUUAUUAAGUCAAAAGAUAACGAAACAAAAUAUUAGGAGAACCCUUUUUAUUAUAAUAAUUUAUCAACUUUACCAUCGAGCAAGAAUGGAACUGGCAACUGCAGUGUACGAGUAAAACAGCGAUUUCGUGGGAAGGCUUAAAAACGAGUCAUUUUUUCUGUGGCGGGAUACGGAGCUGAGCUGAAAAGAGUUUACCCGUGAAAAUAAAAUAAUAAAAAAAAAACACAAAUACAAAAAUUCUUAUUUAAGUUAUAAAGAACUAAAUAAAUUAUACUGUUACUUAAUAAUAUCAGUUAGGUAUCCUAAGAUCAACAGAAGGAAUAUUGGCGUAUUGUGGAUUUUAAAUGGUAUCACACAUUACUAUUCAAUUUCUAUUUGUAUGCAAUUGUGUUAAUUGUAAAUUUCACUUUAAUCAACAAUAGAACAACUGAAUAGAAAAAAGAUUAAAAUAAAGUAAUAAGAACUUAUUAAAUUGUU